AUGGAGAAAACACUUCCAUCAGAGCAUCACGAGGAUUCGAGCCGUGAGGUGAGUAAAAGCCCCAGCCUUGUGGGAUACCCCGAGUCUCAUGUCGCAAAGAAAGUCGUCAUCGCCUCGCCCAGCGACGAGAGCACCAAUUCGCUCGACCAAGUAGAAUAUGAAAAGCGAAACACGCGCUUCAACCGGCGACUCGAUCUGCGCAUUCUGCCGCUCUGCUGCUGGGUCUACCUCUUGAACUUCCUCGAUCGAGGCAACAUCGGAAACUCGAAGGUGUUGAACGCAGAAACCGGGGAUGAUCUGUUACAGCAGACCCGCAUGACGGCGGAUCAAUAUGCCAUUACCGUCACGCUGUUCAGUUUGGCUUACGCCCUGUUUGAAGUCCCUAGCAACUAUGUCAUGAAGCACUGGGUGCGGCCAAGCUUGUGGCUGGCAUUCCUGCUCUUCGCCUGGGGCGCCUUUACAAUUGGAACAGCUGGGGUGCACAAUUACGCGACAGUCGUGUCGCUGAGGUUCCUCAUCGGCGUCUUCGAAGCUGGAUUCUUCCCUGGCAUCGUCUACUUCAUCACCGUAUGGUACCGGUACAACGAGCGUUCCGUGAGAAUCGCCUGCGUCGUUGGCUCUGCUAACUUGGCCGGCGCGUUCGGAGGAGCCAUCGCGUACGGAGUGGGCCACAUCAACGGCGCCGCCGGGCUGCAAGGCUUCCGAUGGCUCUUCAUCAUCGAAGGCAUCAUCACCAUCCUCAGCGCGUUGUUGCUCCUGUUCUUCCUGCCCGACUAUCCUGCCCGUGCGAAGUGGUUGAGUCCCUCGGACAAGCAGUUCGCCGAAGAUCGUCUCACGGAAGGAGGCGGCGGCUACUUGAGGAACCACGCCUCGCGACCGGAGGUGCUACAGACGUUCUUCAGCCCGCGGAUGCUGUGUCACUAUAUCGCAUACAUUGCCGACGUCGUCCCGCAAGGAAGUUUCACAUUCUUCACUCCGACGAUCGUCAAGGGGCUCGGAUACACGUCGAUCCAAGCGCAGCUCAUGACCGUGCCGCCGUGGUGCGUCGGCUUCUGCGUGGCCAUCACCCUCUCCUACUCGGCCGACCACUUCAACGCCCGCGGCACGCACAUCGCCGUGGCCUCCUUGGCCGGCGCGGCCGGGUGGCUCGGCGCCGGCUGUCUCCCCGCCGACGCCUACGUGAGCCGCUACGGCUGCCUGUGUCUCGCGGCGUGCGGCGCCUUCCCCGUCGCGCCCAGCAUGACCAACUGGGUGGCGUGCAAUACGCCGUCGUUGCUGACGAUCCCGUUCGCCAUCGCGCUGAACAAUUCGUGCGCGGGCAUCGGCCAGAUCAUCGCGCAGUGGAUCUGGAAGGCCAACGAGGCCGACCAGGGCUAUCCGACGGGCAAUUUCACCUGCGCCGCAUGUGGCUUCUUCGUGGCCGUCAUGUCGCUGGCCUUGAGGUGGCAGUAUGGCCGGAUGAACAAGAAUGGCGUGAGGGAUGCCGGGGGAAACGAGCGGGUCUGGGCUCUGUGA